CCAAUUGUAGUUGGUACACGGAACUCUCAGCAAUCGUUAUUUUGUUCCUAUUUCCGCGGCGAUUUUCAAACUUGGACCCUGAUGCGAGAUUUAACAGAUUUGGAGUGCUUGUACCAUGAUUGAUUAAUUUAUCUCGGCUGUGGUCAUAAGGAUUUGUAAAAGUUUUGGUGGCGGGGAGCGAUAACACAUUGAUUUGCAUCCAUGGUAAAUUGGAAAGUCCCGUCUUGUCGAAUGGUCGAUUUUCAAUGUGCAUAAGAGUGGGGAAUUCUGGAGAUGUCCGGAGCGUUAGAAUCUCGCGUAUCAAACGCAUCUGGUUUAUCAUCUUGUCAGUCGGCCUGUUACAAGGCCCUUCGCAAGCUUUCUUCAACGAUUCGUUUCAGUCGUCUUCUCCACUUUCAACGAAUCUGACUGAUCCCGGAAAAGAUGGAAUCCACCUUCUCAAUGCACCAUCAUCCUCAGAAAAACAAGACCUUAAAAAUAAACGUCGUUUGGGUGUUUCUUCUGCAAAAGAAAUCAGAAGGCGUUCGACGAGAGCCAAAGUCCCAGGCGUGUCUAAUAAAAUACCGCUCGAAAGAGCAAACUUUUCUGAUGUCACGUUGACUAUUAAAGCGCAGCGGAUUCCUUCACAAAACGUUACCCAUUUUUCUAACAAUGUCACUCAUUUUUAUGAUUUAACGCGUUCUUCAAAUGAUAUAAACAAGCUUAGAAGUGCCUUACAAACCUCUCGUGGUAAUUUUAGUCCCAAAAAACAAGCUUCUACUGGGAAAAGAUCUAGGAAAGGUGGCAAAAGAAGAACUGAGAGAGAUCUGAAACUAUCGUUAAAUAAACCAGAUCGGUCAAAGCUUCAGACACAUUAUGAACGAGAGAGUAAAAGCGACAUAGCUAAAACACACUUCAAUUCAAGCGAAAAGAAAAGGAGAAAAUACUCUUCCAAAGUUACCAGCGGUCAGCAUCAUCGUACACGUUUAAAGCAUCAGGAAAGAAGCUUAGGGAGAUUUAAGCGUAACAUUGCCGUUUCUGAUAGGGAUGAACUUAAACAAAAACGUUUUAUGAUGAAGAGACGGUCUUUGCAGCAUCUUCCUUUUCGUCUUGGUGGUGAACGAGUCUUACUGAGAUUCAAACGAAAGUCGAUUUUGGGACAGGACGAUGUCGAGGCACAGUCCAGCGACUUGAAAGAACACAAAGGGAAAAAAGGCCGGCAAACACCCCAACAGAAACAUGUUAAACCUCGAAGUGUGUUUCCAGGAAAAUCAUCCACAUUUCCCUUAAAUGGGGUCAUAAAGGGAGAGUUCCUGAAGGAAACAGAUUGGAGGGCACCAAGUGCGACAAUAAAUUCUUACAACAAGGCUCUUGUUGAUAGAAAUGUAAUUCCUCAUGCGACGUAUGAUCCAGUAGUAUACGGGGCAAAAAGUUCUUCUCUAUCACUGAAUCCGAACAAACUAUCCUCAGUUCCUAAGGAAUACAGUGCAGUUGAAAACCGGAGACAGAGCGUUUCUAACAUUAACAGAGCUCUUUAUCCGCUUGCAUCGACAGUGAGUUUUAUUCCAAAGAGUAAUCAAGCUAUGACUUUGAAAUCGGAGCUAAGGACACCACAAAUUGCUUCUCUCUGGCGCACAGUUUUGCAAAACGCCCCUGUACCUAGCCAAUCGAAUGUUCCACAACCAGUGAGAUAUGAAUACGGAGCUGGACAGCAACAGAGAAAUAGCUUACAGAACACCGAUGAUCAGAGUAAAAAGCAGUUUAUUCCCACUUCACAGCGUGCCCUCUACAAUUAUGGACAUCAAUUCAAUUAUCAGCCCCAGUUUAUAAAAUCUCAGAUAGCGCUUGCAGGUGGCGACCCACGAAUCACCUCCUUUUCUCAAAUGAGGCCAACCAAACCAUUGCCAUUCUUUCGGGAGGGGGCAAGAAUAAAUCCAGAAUGGCCCUUAUCCUCGCCUACGGCGAAUCUUAACAAUCUAUUAAAUUUUGAAAACGGUUUGUCACAGAGAUCACGCGUUCCGCAAGGGCUUGUCUUGUACUUGGAUUUAGAGAAUGUGCAAAACGGUAGAGCGACGUAUGCAUCUUUAAAUGGAGAUGUAACUGGCACGGACAAGCGAACAGAGAUCACAAAGUUUUUCGGAUCAUGUGGAAAAGUUGCAAGGCUUAACAACGGAAGCGAGAUACUUCUCAACGGCAAGCAGUUGAAGAUGAAACCCCGUCAAGCCGUAAGCAUUGCAGCAUGGAUAAAACUCGAUUCUAACAAGGGUUAUCACUCGAUAUUCGACACAGUAGGUGGCCAUUCUAUGCAUCAACAAGGACAAUAUCAUUUCGAAAUUCAAGAUGGCAGUGUUCGGUGGUUCCACAGGAAUGAAACUGGGAUCAAAAUCUUCAGCGUUGAAACAGAUCCAAUAAUUCCUGCAAAUGUUUGGAACCAUGUAGUCGGCACGUAUGACGCGCACACUGGUAUCGCUAAGAUUUUUGUCAAUGGAGGACUAAAAGCAGAGGCUGCCGGGAAGGGUCUACUGUCUCAAGACUGGGAUGCGCACGCGGGAAUCGGAAAACACAAGAACCAAAGGUUUCUCCAGGGGGAGGUGGACGAGUUUAGGAUUUACAACAAGGCUUUGUCGCAGGAAGAAAUUGGAAAACUCAUGAAAGUAUGCAGUUUUGAAAGAGUAUGCGGCGGCCUUUUUAACAGUCCAAAAGGAAUUUUGGAAUCACCGGAAUGGCCUAGAAGCUAUAAAGGGAAAACCACUUGUGCAUGGCAUCUGUCUGUUGAUCCGAGGGAGGCAAUCACGCUUAGUUUUAAACGCUUCAGUUUGGAUGAAGACGGGACGUGCAAAAAUGCCAAACUUAUUGUUAGAGACGGAAGUGGAGAAAAUUCGGAGGCACUCGGGGUUUACUGUGGAACCAAGCGGCCGACAGGGAUAACAUCGAGUGGGAAUCAUUUGUUUGUACAGUUUACCAGCACUGAGGGAGGGAAAGGGAAAGGUUUUCUCAUUUCUUACAACACAGAAACCGUCCACCAGACCAAGAAAACUGAAAGACCACCCACACCUACACAAGCUGACGACUCGCAGAGAUGCGCCGUAACAAGACCCGAAUAUAAUGUUACACUGAUUGGCGGCAUCAAAUCCGGGAUCUUCUCUGAGGCAAAGCACGUGCACGACAUGGACUUGUGCACAAAACAUUGUUGUUUACGAAAGUCGUGCGACUUGGCUUUCAUGAUCCGGGACUCGUGCUAUUUGGUGCGAUGUACCAAUCAGAGUUUAUGUAAGACCAAACGGGCGCGACCUUCAAAUAUGAACCCCAGUAUCACUUUUGUCUCACACUUGCAGUCGAUGACACCCGAGCCAGAACUGCCUGUAGAUGGAAGCGCUUACAACAAGGCUAUCACCUCAAGUAUAUCCAAACCAACAACAUUACCCGCUAAGGACCAACCGAUUUGUCACCACACUGCUGUGAGCUACAACGUUACUCUGGUCGGCGGGAUCAACGCAGGAAAAUUCAGCACGUAUGGUCGAGCCCGCAAUAUGGAUGAGUGCAUACGUCAUUGUUGCCGUGACGACAAGUGCGACGUGUCGUUUAUGAUCCAGGGAAAUUGUUACGCAGUUGAAUGUGCGGAUGCGGAGGGGUGUCAGGUGAAGCGAGCAAAACCUUCCUCUUAUAACCCCACUGUGGCAUACGUGUACCGUGGCAAUGAAAGUCCGAUAGGGGAUCCUUUACCUGGUGCUGAAAAGCCAAACUCAGACGCUUGUGAUAAGUUGUCCGUCAGUAACACCAUAUUCAACGUGACUCUUCGUGGGGGAAUCAAGUCAGGGAACUUCACUGACAAAGGCGUGGUCAAGCACAUGGACGAAUGUUCAGCCUAUUGCUGUGCAGACGGACAAUGCAACGUGGCUUUUCUAAUCCGGGACAACUGUUUCUUAGUAUCGUGUAAAGAUUAUGAGUCGUGCCAAAUAAAACCAGCGCUUUCUGAAUAUUAUCACCCGAGACUGGCUUACGUGAAUUGGAGUCCGCCCGACGACGAAAUUCCAGCCAACAGGUGGUAUGCGUCUUUAGGUUGCUGGAAAGACACGGAAUCGUUUGCAGUUUCCCCUUUGGAAGGCGCAGAUCCUCUGCUAACAGAGCCUUAUCUCACACGACAGAAGCCAAUCGACACAUGCGCACAAGUAGCAAGAAAGCACGACUACAAAGUUUUUGCCAUCCAGAAUGGCGGAGCCUGCCUAAGCGGACCGAAAGCGGGAAGAACGUUUAACCAGUUUGGCGAAUCAUCAUCUUGUAAGGCAGGAAAGGGAGGCUUGUUCGCCAAUGAUGUCUACCGACUGACAGAUAUUGGUUACAUCUCGCUUGGUUGCUGGAACGACUCCGGUAUCCAUGCCCUGCCUGUAAUGGAGCACUCAGAUGAAAAAUUAGACGAUUUUUACAAAUCACGCCUCGAUCCACUGCGCAAGUGCGGAGAGGUGGCGCGAAAGCGAGGCUAUCCUGUCUUCGCCCUUCAGCGAGGAGGAAUGUGCUUUGGUGGACCCCGCGCUGAAAUUGACUAUAAAACGUAUGGAAUAUCAAGGAGAUGCCGCGAUGGACUGGGUGGGAAUUAUGCCAAUAGCGUAUAUAGACUAAUAGAUAACUUGGAAGUGGAGCCAACAGAAAGCACAAACAACUUCACUUCUCCUUCUGGUGCCACGGGAAGCUCAACCUCCAGCACAGCGACCACGGGAAGCUCUUCAAGCCCGUCAUCCACUAAUUUCACCCCAACCACGUUUAGUGGAACACAAAGAUCACCCACCACUUCGCCGUCACCAACACCUGAAAUCCAAGAAAACUACCUUACUCUUCAAAACGGCUUGCCACACAAGAACACCUAUACAGCAGGUGAAAUUCUGUACAAUGUAACGCUGAAGUAUGGCAUUAAAACAGGAAAGUUUAGCGACAAAGGGAAAGUCGGGAACAUGUCCGAAUGCGUGCGCGCUUGUGGAAGAAUGGAAACUUGUAGUCUAGCAUUUAUGCUUGGGAAGCAAUGCUUCGCCGUGGCGUGUUAUAGUGAUGCUCUCUGUCUCACAAAACCUGCGUUUUCACCGUUUUACAAGCCACAGAUAGCGUUUGUCAAGCACACAAAGGAGAUUGUCUCAGCCAACAAACCCAAACCUUCAGAUGUUUCUCAAUGCCGCGCAAGCGCAGUUCACAAUGACGUCACACUGGUUGGUGGGAUAAACGCAGGAAAGUUUACUGAUCUUGGCGACGCUGACAAUAUGAGUCUUUGCACACAGCGGUGCUGCAUGAAAGGCGCUUGCGAUGUAGCGUUCAUGCUCGAAAACGAAUGCUACGGUGUGAGCUGCUUGAAUGAAUCACUGUGCGAGUCACGUCCCGCAAGAAAUCCCGCAAGGUACAACCCGCGAAUUGUUUAUGUGUAUCACGACACAAAGAAAGAUAAAGUGUUAAACCGGCCAAAACUUAAGGCUCUCAUGAAAAUCAUCAGGCGCCUAUUGUAUGGAAAGAAGCCACAAAAACAGACUGCAGUAAACUUUACACCUGUGAAUGACAAAUACGGUGAUGGUACUGACUUCUCUGUGGAAAAAGACGUGAACACUGACGUAAACACUGACGCAAAUAAUGACGUAAGCAAUAAAGUUAGCACGUCUCUGAAGACAUUCCCUAGUGACAAUCAAUCAAUGAGUAAAAUCAUAGACGAAAAUUUCUCUACCGACAUGUUUACGCCAACGACGCCUCAAAUGCGGUUUGAAACACUUAUAGCGAACAUUGAGGGAGGACAAAUGAAUGUGUACGCUCUGCCAGUCUUUCAUGGUGAAGAUCAGACAAUUGCCACUGCAACACCAGUUACAAAAGUAGACUCAGUUAAAACAACUCAGAUAACGCCCCCGCGGAGUAUUCUGGGUGUGUUCAUGAAGGAUAGCGCAUCUCUUAUUCACGCGCUAUCAAAUACGCAUCACAUGACUGUUGACAAAGUUUUGAAGGUGCUUCUCCACAAAUUCCUUCAUAAAGUUGUCAAUAAAAACAAACACAGUAGGAAGUGGAGAGAUGAUGACAACCAAGAACGUCCACAUCACUAUGAGAGCGUUAACGACGCCCUGAAGUCACUGAGUAACGCAGACUUAGACAGAUUUGCUGACUAUGCAAGAUUACGUUUAACGCACAGACAGAACUCUCAUACUUCACAAGCGUCACCUCAACAGAAGAACGUGUGCUGGGACGGUGAAAUUUUGUCCAAUUACACUUUGGUCGGGGGCAUCAAUGCAGGGACAUUUAGUGAUAACGGGAAGACCACUAACAUGGACAUAUGCAUGCAGUUCUGUUGCAAGCGUGACUCCUGUGAUUUGGCAUUUAUGAUUGAGGACGAUUGUUAUUCAGUUUCGUGUAACAGUAAUGGGGCUUGUGAGCCGAGAAAGGCCCGACCUACUCAUUAUCUUCCUCGCAUUGCCAUAAGGAAGAAACCUCAAGGAAAUUAUAACGUCAAAGGUAUUUUUACCGACAUGACAUCAACGCCAGGCACCACAACUCCGCUAACAUCAUCGGUGUCACAAUCUUCGUCCCCGACGCCGGCCACCUCUCCUUCUCCCACUCUAUCAACAAUUUCAGAAGUUCACCAAGCUGAUUCAACUACAAACCCAACUGUCAAAGUGGCGCAUUCGUGUGACGCCACACCCAUCGAGUACAACGUCACCCUUAAGAUGGGACUCCACUCUGGAGUCUUUCAAAAAGUCGGUCGAGUAGACUCCAUGGACGACUGCAUAGAGAUGAGCUGUAAAGAACCACGGAGUGACGUUGCCUUCAUGUUAGGCAGCAUGUGUUAUGCCGUGCACUGUUACAGCGCGGAUCUUUGCAAGACUGUCCCUAUCUUUGGAUCAAGUAUUUCUCGACUUAACUUGAAUCCUGCAAUUUCGUUUCUCAAAAAGAACUCGCAGUUUGGUAUAAGCUCUCUUGUUACAACGAACAACGACAUAGCUCAAGACAAAUGUCGCGACAGCACCAUCACCUACAACGUGACUUUACGUGGCGGGAUUGACGCAGGAAAUUUUACCGAGAGGUCUGGAGUGCUGUCGAUGCGAGACUGUAUCGGCAAAUGCUGUGACGACACGUCAUGUGACCUCGCUUUCAUGUUCGGAGAUCACUGUUACUCUGUAGAGUGUCAGAGUGAAAAGCUAUGUCAAGCUGUGUUGGCCAAACCGUCUCACCUUGAACCAAAAGUGUCCUAUGUUUCAAGGGGAUUUUAUAAUGAUAAAGACAAAGGGACAAUGUUCUCCGCUAGCGACCAGACGCCGACAUGUCGGGCAGAUCAAAAGUCUCAGUCCAAGAUAUUCAGUAAUAAGACUUUAGUUGGAGGAUUAGAAGCGGGAAGGUUCAGUUUUGAGGGAGUCGUCAGUGAUAUGCAUAUGUGUAUGGAUCGAUGCUGUGCACAGCAGGGUUGUAAUGUCGCUUACAUGGUUGACAAGAACUGCUUCUCUGUAGUCUGUUAUUCACCCUCGUUGUGUAAAAUAAGUGAUACGUCCUCAACGAAUGGCGACGUAGAGAUCUCCACUAUAUUCGAGAGUACCGCUGAAAGACCAGUUGAAAAACACUCCAUGGUGGUUUAUGUGAUAAUUGGUGUGGUCGGAUUCGCAGCAGGUGCUGGAGGGAUUUUAUGGGCCGUCUGCAUGUUUAUUCGACGGCACCGUUUACGAUCAAGGCACAGACAGGAUACGUAGUAGUUUUCAAUGGGAAAGGAAAUAUUGCACUUUGACGAGGCCUAGCAGUAAACAGGCUGAAAGUUGUCUGCUUUUCAAACGAUCGGAAUUUGGUAAUUUAGCAUAGUUGUAUUUUAACUUCCUUUUGAAUUCAGCUUUCAAUCAAAUUCAGCCUGUUCAUUAGGGCUCUGGCACGCCUAUAGAGCUGCAAGACAUCUAAACAGACUACAGAAAUUUUCCUCCUAACAAGACGUCAUCAUAUUUAAUCCGAACGAAUGAGGACAUUCCUUUUUGAAACGGCCGAAGAAAGGCAACUCGUUCGAAGGCCCUCCUCUGGUCUACUUAAGCGAUGCUAAGAUUAUGAAUGUUUCUUAGUUCGUUAUUUUCAAGUCAUUGUGUGUUAGUGUUAGCAUUAAACCACUUUUUUUGUAUUUAUCCAGUUCAACACGCGUCCUUUAAAAGAGCCACAUAGCAGUACUUAGCCCAUCGCACAUCGUAGUUAGAGAUGAUCAGUGUAGUUUUCAUACCAAAGCAGACAAUGCACUUCUUAGGUAACUGAAGCACAGACGUUUGUGAGAUGAGCGCUCCUUUUCCCAGCGCUUACACAGUUCAGAUUUCUUCUGUGUGCAAUCUUAAGUUUAAAAUCCAGCAACGACUACUUACCAGUUUUUCAGUUGAUAUCGAAGCACGCCAAAAGUAAUUUCAUUCUAUUUCCUGUUGCCGCUAGCGUCUCGAGAGCGUCUCUGCUUUGUUAUGGGAGUUGAAUCAUGUAACUUUUUCCCAUGAGGAGAAGCAACCACUUGCAUAAUGUUACCUUAUGUUGUAGAUGUUUUUAAUUCGAAUUUAUUUCUUGGUUGUACAAGAUUUAGAGCAAGGUAUCUGUUGUUGUUUUUUGAUUUGGAAAACUGAAGUGUAGUAACAUUUAAAAUGUUACAGCACCAAAAGCGAAAGAAAUGCGAGAACCUCUAUAUUGCCGUUUUUUUCUUCCUUUGUCUUUCUGUCGUGUUAACAGAUAGCUUUUCGUAGUCGAUGAUUGCUCGGCCACGAAGUUGACCGAAGGCUCUGGAAGACAUAUACAAGAUAAUGCUUUGUUAUGAUCGGUUAUGAUGUUGUGAAUUGAAUAUUUUUUUUUAAU